GUGCCGAAAUGUGACCUUAUAAAUGUUGUGUCAACAUACAUACAUGCCUUCCUUGCUGUCCCAGCCAUGCCACACAAACACGUCUACACAAAACACUCAGCCGUAUGCAUGUGGCGGAUUCGAUAGUGCCAAAAUGUGACCUUGAAUCAUCCCUUGUGUGUGAAGUAUACAUGCUUGCUUUCCUUCUUGUCCCAGCCUUGCAAUGCCAUGCACACACGGCUUAACAAAACAAAACCCCCAGCCGCCUGAGAGAGAGAGAGGCACACAUAAAGGUCACUCAUCUACCUCAGGAAGGAAGCGGCAGGGCAGAGAAGAGAAGAGGGGUGUUAAAAAGUCUCUCUCUGCUCUUGCCUGCCAUGUGCCUGGCCAGUCGCUCGCUCACUCACACACCAAAAGACACUCACUACACUACGCUAGACAAAGCUGCGUUACCUACCACAUCCAUGGGUGCUCCAGAGGAGGGUGUGGGGACGCGACGCCUCUCCAGACAGACAGCCAUGCCACGUGUGAAGGGACGAAUGGAUGGACGCACUCCUGCGCGAUCCGACAGUACGAAAGUACAUACGUACGAGUGCAUAUGAACAAGGCAGCCCACUUCCUGGUAUAUGCUUCGCUACUGAUCCGCUGAUUCCACUGCUGUCUGUCUCCCUUUACACGCAAACACUGUGGGGAGGGAGGGAGCCCGACUUCAUUCAUCAAACUUCAACAACGCGCUCUGUCAGCCUUGCCUGCACACAUUCACACACACACACACACACACACACACGAAGCACGCUGGUCUCGGUUCGCCUCAACGAGAACGUGGUGCAUAUGUUUCUAUAUCCGUGUAUACCUUGAAGCCGCCUUUGCUGGCGGGAAAGGGGUUGGGGAACCUCGACAGCUCCAGUGAAGAUGCAUCAAUCGCCUCAAACUCCACCUCGCGCACGAACCGAUCCAGCAACAUCUGUACCGCACAGAUGCCAGAGGUGCCGUCAUGGAUCCGCAGAUUUCGCAUUCUCUCUCCUUCACCUUCAUUUCGAGCCUGGCCAGUUCAGCUCCGGGGCACACCCUCUUGCCCCCACCGAACGGCACCGGGGAACCACCGUUGAUCUGCCCCUGCAGAUGGCGGUAGGGGUCGAAGAAUGAUGGGUCGCUGAACACGCUCCCGUCCUGAUUGGUGGCGAACAGGUUGUAGUCCACUUGCCACCCCUUUGGGACGAGGUAGCCACCGAUUUCGAGGUCCUCCUCAGCCAUUCGUGAGAGCUGCACGACGAUUGGCUCCCACCGGAGAGUCUCGGUGAUAACCGCAUCCAGAAAGGGAAGCUUUCGCAACUCUGGCCAGGGAAUACGGGAACGGCCCUGCAUGCAAGACGCCACGCCACGACACAGCACAUUCCCUGUCUGUCUGUGGGAGGGUGUCGUGUUGGCUGUUGGUUGGUUGGUUGGUUGGUUGGUUGGUUGACCUGAGCAGCGUCAUCGAGCUCUUUCCUGAGGUCUUUCAGCACCUGGGGAUUGCUGGCGAGGGCAACGAGCAUAACACCGAGAGUGCUGGAGCUGGUGUCAUGGCCCGCGAAGAGGGUCAGCAGGACGUUGUCAGCGAUGGCCUGGUCGCUCAUCUGAAACACGUCAGCGUCCUUCCCCGCGUCGGCACUCUCGGCGUCGACCACCUCGCCGUCACUGGUCAUGCGGGCAGAAAGCAGAUAAUCGACAACGUCCUUGCGGGACGCUGCACGCUCAGCGGGUGACAUGGCCCGCUUUGCCUGCACCAACACACACACACACACACACACAAAGGGUAUGAGUGCUCCGUGUUCCUGCCGUGGGUGUGGUGCUCACGUCAACAACGCUCGCGGCGAACUGCAUGAUGUCGUCUUUGGCCUCCAGGGCCUUGUCGUAAAUAUUGAACGGCGCGACCCAUCCUUUUGUCCACGGCGCAGCGAGCCCCUUGACCCAGGCCAUGAAGCUCUCCGAUAGUUGCUGCAGCUUGUCGUCACUGAUGGAGGCCUGCCCGCACAAGACCUUCCAUGCCACCUCGAGAGUGUACAGCUUCAUGUCGCUGCUCAGGUCCAGCUGACGACCCUCACGCGCCGCGGCGACCCAGCGGUCCACGUAUUUGUCAACAAUGUCCUGCACACAAUCCAUUCACAAGAGAUCUUCUUCCUGUGUCUGUGUGUCUGACACUGUCUGACGCCUGCGACCAACCUCGACAGUGGGCACGUAUGACAUGAGGGCAGCCUGUGUGAAGGCUGACAUGUACAGCCGACGCAUCCGGGCAUGGUCCUCACCCUCGAUACUGAAACAACCAGACCAACCAACGGGUGACGCUCGUGCAGUGUCGAUGAGUCCGUCCUUUCUUCCACGCUCACGCGUUGAGGUUCUCCUUGCCCAUGAGCUGCUGAAUGACAGGAGGCGAGACCUGUACGAGCUUCCCCUCCUUCUCGUAUGCCCAGCACUGCUUGAGGUUCUCCACCCCAGACACCAUGGCGACGUCGCUGCCGAUGAAGGGCAGCAUCCGAUAAACAUCCCCAUACUGUUCCAUCGCCCUGAAGAACUCGCGCGGCGCCAAGAGAAUCGAUAGGAUGUUCCAGAACCGCUGAAGAGUAUCAAACGGGGGCGUGGUUAUUUGGAACGGGCCGGGAGGGAGCUGUAGCUGUGCCGAGGGGACGCCUUCUGUGUUCGGCGUCAGCAAGCGCUCCCUGGUGGCAGUGGGUAGCUCCUGUUGCACCAUGCAUGGCUGACGGAGAGAGCGGUGGCGAUAUCUGUGGCAUCUGAGGGGGUGUCUUGGCCUGAAUGAGAUGACCACCGAGGGAAGCAGGGCGAGGGGAAGGAGCAACAGCUUCAUCACGUAGAGGUGAUGAGUGCUCGGGAGGCUCCCAAAAUGCUGCGGACAAGGAGCGGG